UUCCACGUUGCUUAACCCAAACCCAAAAACUCUUUUAAACUUUUUUCUUUCACUUUUUUCUCAUCCACUCAUUCACUUCUUCCUUAUCUUCUUAUUUUUCUUUUUUCUUUUACUUUCCUCCACACAAAGCCUCACACACUCCACCACAUAUUAGUAAAGGACUUCAAGAUUUUCAGAACUAGAUCUUCAACCGGGGCUGCCUUGUUGUUGUUGUCGUCUCCAGCUGACUUAUUAGGCAAAGAACGUAGCUGAUUUGCAAUAUCACGGCCUUGAACAAGCUCUUCUAUUGCCUUUUUUUUGCUAGAAGGCUGCAGCAAUCUGCAAAAUCUCCGUGGACUUUUCAGUUGGAUUCUUUGUUUUCGUCAAAAUGGGUAAACCUGCACAGGAGAAUGAGAUCUUCUUGGAAGCAGACCUAUUGCAAGAAAUGAUUGAUCACCAAGCCCGAUCUCAAGAAAUUAAUGAACACGGAGCUGAUUGGAUAAUCAACGGCUGUAACAUACCCACGGAGCUAAAAUCCUUUCUGGACGAUCAAGGCCACCCCAUAAAAGAACAGAAAAUAAAGUGUACCAAACGUAUCCUAAGCGUACCGACAGUCACUUGUCCGAAAGUCCCGCCAAUGCUGCGAAAAAGAAGCAACGAAUACUUUGAUCCCAAGAUUCUCUCUUUCGGUCCUUACCACCAUGGCAAACCAGAACUCCAGGAAGGAGAGACGCACAAAACAAAAUUCAUGCUGGAGUUUAUUAAAGAAUCUGACAAAUCGGUUCAGGAAUUUUACAGUGAAGUACGUAAAAUGAAUCGUGACAAUAGAGCUUGUUAUGUUGAUGGUUCAACGAACAAUUAUGAUGAUAAUAAGUUUGCAUUGAUGAUGCUUCGAGAUGGCUGUUCCAUUCUAUAUCUACUGGACCUCGUACUAAAUAAUACGACUAAAAUAGGAGAGGUCUUUGCAGAUCGUAGAGACAUACUUCCGUAUAUACUUCCUGACAUGAUUUUGCUGGAAAACCAAAUUCCUUUUGCAGUUUUGGAACUUUUGAUGAGCCUUAGAAACAAUAAAAAUGUAUGGCCAAGAAUGAUCAAGUCAUUCAUUUAUUUUGUUCUUUGGGGAAUAUUAGAGAAGACAGUUACUGGAGACGAGAAUGAGGAGGCAUCUUCAUUAACCAAAGUUAGUGAUGAUGCAAGUAGAAGGAAUCAUCUCCUUGAACAUAUAUAUAAAAAAUUAACCAAAAUUAGGAAAAAGGAGAGACAGAAUGAGGAUGCAAGUACAAUGGAGCCAGAGUUUGAUUAUGCAAAUUUUUUUCCGUCAUUCAAUUCUGUUAUAAAACUUAAAGCUAAGGGGAUCCAUUUCAGGCCUAUCAAUUCUAGUUUUCUUCGUCUAGCAAAAAUUGGAAAAUCAAUUUCUCUACGAGAUGUAGAAUUCAGUCCUGGCUUCCUCCGCGCAGAGCUUAAGCUUCCCCCCCUCAUCCUUGAUCCUGCUAAAAUAAAACUGUAUAACAACUUGGCAGCCUUUGAAUGGUGUCCUCCUACGUCCAAUGAUGCUGUUCUUACAUCUUACAUCAGUUUCCUGAAUACACUCAUUGAUAGUCCCGAUGAUGUGAAAGAGUUGCGGUCCAAGCGUAUACUUCUCAACAAUGUAGGCAGUGACGAAGAGGUAGUUAAAAUGCUUAGAGAGAUUACCACGUGUGAGAGGCAGGAUGUUACAUUUUACCACAAUGUUAGAAAAGCUAUUGAAAAGCAUUAUAAUAGCCAGAUAAGAACUUGGGAGGCUGAGAUAAUUUACAAAUAUUUUAGCAGCCCAUGGACUGUCCUUGGCUUAUUUGCUGCAAUUGUUGUCCUCGUUUUAACUGUUGUGCAGACUUGCUUCACUGUCCACCCUGUAAAAUAAAAGUGAAUGGAAUCUAUUUGCAGCUACCUCAGAAGGCAGCAGAUGAAAAAUGAUAGCAAUAUUAUUGUCCCAGAGUUGGAAGAUUCUUUGCCUUUGUAUUAUUAUUAAUAAAAAGAUUAUUUGUUUUUCUCUUAUUGUUGGGCUUGUAUGUAAAGAUAGCGUAUCUUAUGUGCUACUUGAAUUGUAAUGGUCAUUAGACUUAUGUUUCUCAA